UUUAAAUGUGAAGCUGCGUUUGCUUGAUGCCAAAACGGAGCGUACUCUCUGAUUGAUAGCAGGAGCGGUUACUUCCUGAGUUUAGGGAAGGGGCUUGGUCCUGUGCCCGCGCCUCGCGAGAACGCGCAUCAAAUUAGCAUCGAUGAAGUUAGUGCGAACAUGGCGGAUUUCCUGCCGUCCAGGUCCGUGUUAAAAGUUUGUUUGCCCGCCUGCCUGCUUAACAAUGGCGAGGCGGAACAGAUCCGAAAAUCCAAGGAGAUUGAUAGAUGUCUGUCCCGGGAGAAAACGUUGGUGAAGCGGCUGGUGAAGAUCCUACUGCUGGGCGCUGGCGAGAGCGGCAAGUCGACUUUCCUCAAACAAAUGCGGAUCAUCCACGGCCAGGACUUCGACCAGCAAGCCCGAGAGGACUUCAGAGGCACGAUUUACAGCAACGUUAUCAAAGGUAUCCGUGUGCUGGUGGACGCCCGGGAGAAGCUGCACAUCCCAUGGGGCGAUCCGAAGAACCAGCAGCACGGCGACAUGGUGAUGUCCUUCGACACCCGGUCGGCCAAGAUGGCAAACGGGCAGCUGGCGAAGACGGAGUUCAUGAUGUACUUCUCUGCCAUCAAAGACCUGUGGGCGGACUCGGGCAUUCAGAAUGCAUACGACCGGCGCCGGGAGUUUCAGCUGGGUGAGUCUGUGAAGUAUUUCUUGGAUAAUCUGGAUAAGCUCUCCAAGUCGGAUUAUAUUCCCAGUCAACAGGACAUCCUGCUGGCUCGUAAGCCCACCAAGGGCAUCCACGAGUAUGACUUUGAGAUCAAGAACGUUCCCUUCAAGAUGGUGGAUGUCGGGGGGCAGCGGUCAGAGCGGAGACGCUGGUUCGAGUGUUUUGACUCUGUCACCUCCAUUCUCUUCCUCGUGUCUUCCUCUGAAUACGACCAGGUGCUGAUGGAGGACAGGCAGACCAACCGACUGAGAGAGUCGCUCAACAUCUUCGAGACCAUCGUUAACAACCGCGUCUUCGUCAAUGUCUCAAUCAUCCUCUUCCUGAACAAGAUGGACCUGCUAGAAGAGAAGGUGAAACUCGUCCCGCUCAAAGACUACUUUCCUGAGUACACCGGGCCGGAGCACAGCCUGUCGGACAUCCAGGCCUUCAUGGUGGAGUGCUUCCGGGCCAAGAGGCGUGACGCCAUGCUGAAGCCCCUGUACCACCACUUCACCACGGCCAUCAACACGGAGAACAUCAGGCUGGUGUUCCGGGACGUCAAGGACACCAUCCUCCAUGACAACCUCAAGCAGCUCAUGCUCCAAUGACCCCCCCGCACCUAACACCCCCAAUUCCACUGCCACACCCUGCAGCCUGUGAACGUAAGAGGACCUGAAUGGGGACAGACCACCCCUCGCUUCCUGAUGAGGACUCGGGAGAUUAGAGAUAGACCUCUGCAGUCUUCUUAACUUUUUUGCUUUGAUAGUAGUUUUUACUCCUGGAAGAGUUCACCCUGUUGUUAGCUCAGGAUGUGACUGUGGAACAAGGUAUUUAGGCAAACUGUGGUAUCAAAGGGUAAAACAAGACAUCAGACUGGGUUUUUGGAUCGUAUCUGAUUACUGCUGCUUCGUCCUCUUUCCUGAGUUCCACAUUUGUUUAGUAUUUUUGUUCUUAGGAUGCCAGUGGAAGUCAUCUUAACUUUAAAAAACAGGUGAAUAACAUCUAAUCUGGUUUUACACACAGAGAAUAACCACAGACAAAUAUGUUUAAACAACACUUCAGUUUGGUGAUGCUAAGGGGGGGAACUUAACCUUUUAUUGACCUGAGCAUUCAGAGUUAACACGUCUGAUCUGUCUCCAGCACUGACACGUCCUUUGUAGAAAAAACUUAAACAACUUAAACAACCACAAACCUUUUUCUUUCCAUUACCACCUUAGUGGUGCUUUAGAAUUCAAUAUUAUCUUCUUUAAAAAUAAAUAUUGUUAAAAUUCAUUAUUGCUACAUCUUUUUCUUUUUUCUUUGGAUGUUUAGAGGGUAAAAAGGUUACCUUCGUCAGCCCGUUAGAUUCUAGUAUGUAAGUAUGCAGUCCGCUGUUUCCUCAGGGUUGAAUCGAAGCUACGUUUUGAGACUUAUGAAAGAAAUUUGAUGUUUGGCGGUGGCAUGUCUCGGACAGGCCUCCACGCUAAUUGGUGUUUUUAGGACUGCAUCCUCCCCCAAUUCCUCCUACUGUCUCUUUGAUUGUAUUACUGAUUAUAGACUCCUUAUAAAAUGACCUUCACAAGGCCAUCCUUCCCUUUGUUUUGCCUUAAUCAUGAAUGUGUGUUAAUAAUUGUACAGCGAUUUGCUCUUGAUUGUUUCAACAAACCUUAACCGGCCUGUGAGAAUUUCUUUAUUGGCACUGAGUUGUGACUCUAAGCAUGUUUAUGAAAGAGAACAUUAAACAUUUCCCCUUUUUUUUUUUUUUUUUGCACACAAGCUUGUGCUGUUUUGGACUUCCCUCUAAAAUGCAUUGUGAUUAUUGCAGAAAUAUGACGGGUGGAAAAGCUAAUGGAGUUGAAUAGUUUUGAGUGACUGUAAUCUGUAGGGAGGGGUGGCUGAUCUUUGUUAGAGGACAAUUUCAAGGCACUGUUAAGUGACUUUGCGAAAAUAAUUCUAUGCUUUAUCUUCACUUUUCACAAAUUUUCUGCAAUAUUAUUAUUAUUAUUUUAUUUCUUUGUAAUAAGUAAGGCUCUUCAGAGCUUCGGUUUGCUUCCAUUCCUGGCUUUGUAAAUACUGUAAUCUGUUUUUCUGUAAAUAUCAUUCAGGUUUAUCUUCUUGUAUGUAAAUGGUUGUAGAAAUUGCAUAUUUUUUCCAUGCUGGAUAUUCUUCAAAUCACUGCAUCUUUCCAAUGAAGAUGACCUUUUGAUGUAGAUUUUAUUUUGUAAUUUUUUUUCCACCACAUUUUUCCAAUUUAUUAUGUCAAAUCCCAUGCUACUCUAACCCUAUCAAUAAAAUACACUUUUCUAAUUAUACUGA